AAAGUUUUCUCCUUUUUCUUGUCUCCAAACAUUAAAUUCUUUUCUUGUUUUCAUCGUACGACUAAUUUCUAUAAAAACCAUCCAAUACCCUUUUCUACUUUCCAAAUGGUCUCUUCUUUUAAUAUCUUUCCAGAAUGACCACUUUCUCUCAGUCUUACGUCACCUGUUUUAAAACAAGCUCGUUGACUAGAGAAGGUGGUGAUCGAUGGCGGAGGAUAUGUGGCUUCAAGAUGAUCAAUGGAGCUUCCGCUGCCAUGAUGCGUAGCCGGACCACCAUGUCUGCCGCCCCGAUGGUUGGUGUGAAUGGAAAGGUGGCUCUAGAGAGGGCGAUUAUCCCGACUAAAAAGCAGUUUGUGGACCCUUUUCGACAAGGAGUAAUCAUUUUGGAUGGGGUCGGGUAUAGACAAACAGUCGUGGUUCGAUCUUAUGAAGUAGGAACGGAUAAAACCGUGACUCCUCAGAGCAUUCUUAACCUUCUUCAGGAAACUGCGCUGAAUCACGUAUGGAUGUCUGGGCUUCUUGGAGAUGGAUUUGGUGCAACUCAUGGUAUGAUGAAGAACAAUCUCAUCUGGGUUGUUUCAAGAAUGCAAGUCCAACUCGAUCAGUAUCCAAUCUGGGGAGAGAUACUGGAAAUCGACACAUGGGUUGGAGCGUCAGGAAAAAAUGGAAUGCGACGAGAUUGGGAAAUCAGAAGCCACACCACUGGCAUUGUUUUCGCUCGAGCAACAAGCACAUGGGUGAUGAUGAACAAGAAAACACGACGUCUAUCGAAAAUGCCAGACGAAGUAAGAGCAGAAAUCUCACCUUGGUUCAUUAAAAAAGAAGCCAUCAAAGAAGAUUCCCCGGAAAAGAUAGGCAAGUUGGAUGAUAAUGCACGAUACGUUAACUCGGGUUUACAGCCGAAGAGGAGCGAUUUGGAUAUGAACUGCCAUGUCAACAAUGUCAAGUACGUUGGCUGGAUGCUUGAGGUGAUUCCAGAUGAAUGUUUGGAGAAUUACCAGUUAUCGGAGAUCAUACUGGAAUACCGAAGGGAAUGUGGGAGCUCAGAUGUGGUUGAAUCCCUUUGUGAACCUGAACAAGUCGGGAUCAUUAAAGAUGGAGUUCAAGACGACGAACAAGAUUUAAACUUGAUGCACAGGUGUUCGAUCGGAGCUGGGUUUAUUCAAGGGGCUGGAUUAUUGAAUUGCUUGAUGAAUGAAGGAACGAUUCGGUAUACACACCUUCUUCAAGUCAAAGAGGAGUUAAAGUGUCAAGAAAUCGUUAGAGGGAAAACCACAUGGAGGAAAAGGCUCAAUCUCCAUUCAUUUUCUGGCUAAAUAUUGGGUUUUUUUUUUCUUUUUCUUUCUGGUUUAUAAUUAAUUCAUGGGCUUUUUCAGAAAAAUGAAUAUAAUUCAAAAUCAGUAUGGAAAAGUCAUGUAUGUUUGUGUUUACUUGAAAUAAAAGGUUUGUGUUCGUAUA